AUGACCUUUGCGUUCGUGUCCGCGGACACGGGGUUUUCCGCCCACGACGGACCCCGCUUUUCCACUUAUUGUUCAUUCAAAAACCUACCACCGCUGGUUUGGCUUUGGCGCGUAUUGUGUCUCAGUCUCGCGUACAGUGCACACUCACGUCACCUCACAUCGUCCUCGUCGUCCUCGUCGCUGGUGUUACCAGAAAACGGAAAUCAUCGCAAACCGCCAGAGUUACAUUGUUACACGAGAAAACAUAUGAUGUGCCGUUACACUCUAUUGCUGUCUGCUGGAGUUUUAGCGAUCCUGUUGGCAAACCGCGGUGAAAAAUGUUUCGUCCAGGGCUUCCCGAUAUCUGAAACUUACG